GAAAAUUCACCAAUGAACACAUAAAAAUUAUCAUUGUUAUUAUUUUCUUAUCUUCUUAUCUCCUCUCUUCAAUUGAUAACAACACACCAAAAUAGCAAUAACAAAAUGAAAAUGGAGCUGAUAUUCAUUCCUUCUCCGGCAACUGGUCAUCUAAUGGCCACCGUGGAGAUGGCGGAGCGACUACUCGAUGAAAACAACCGCCUCUCCAUCACCGUAAUCAUCAUAUCUUUCAACUCCAAAACCACCUCUAUAAUCGCCGCUCUCACCGCCGCAUCCAAUACCCGUCUCCGUUACGAAGUAAUCUCUGGAGAAGAACAACCCACCGAGCUAACGGCAACUGAUUCCCACGUCCAAAUUCUGAAGCCACUGGUCAAAGACGCGGUUGCAAAACUCCUCGAACAGACUCGACCUGACUCGCCUCGUCUCGCUGGAUUUGUGGUCGACAUGUACUGCACAUGCAUGAUCGAUGUGGCCGACGAGUUCGGGGUCCCUAGUUACUUGUUUUACACAUCCAACGCUGGCUUUCUUGGACUCUUGCUUCACAUGCAGUUCAUGUACGACUCGGCUGAGGAGAAUAAUAAGUAUGACAUGAGCGAGUUCGAAGACUCGGACGCUGAGUUGGUGGUUCCGAGUUUGACUCGUCCGUAUCCGUUGAAAUGUCUUCCUUACAUAUUCAAAUCAAAGGAGUGGUUCUCGUUCUUCCGAACUCAAGCGAGAAGAUUCAGAGAGACCAAGGGCAUUUUAGUAAAUACUGUUGCAGAGCUCGAACCUCAUGGGUUGAAGUUUCUCUCCAACGGUGAUAGUGACACUCCUCCUGCCUACUCAGUGGGGCCAGUGUUGCACCUCAAAAACGACACGGACGUUGCACAAGCGGAGAUUUUGGAAUGGCUCGAUGAGCAACCGGCUGGUUCGGUAGUGUUCCUCUGCUUCGGGAGCAUGGGAGGCUUCAGUGAGGAACAAGCGAGAGAAAUUGCCACCGCGCUUGAGGGAAGCGGCCACCGGUUUCUCUGGUCUCUCCGCCGUGCAUCUCCAAAUGUAAUGAAGGAACCUCCUCGUGAGUUCUCCAACUUGGAGGAGAUUCUCCCAGAAGGGUUUAUUGACCGGAUGAAGGCAAGAGGGAAGGUGAUUGGCUGGGCCCCACAAGCGGCCGUGCUGGAGAAGCCGGCGGUCGGAGGUUUCAUCUCUCACGGCGGGUGGAACUCGACGCUGGAGAGUCUGUGGUUCGGAGUUCCCACGGCCAUUUGGCCUCUUUACGCUGAACAGAAGUUCAACGCCUUUGAGAUGGUAGAGGAGCUUGGAUUGUCGGUGGAGAUCAGGAAGUACUGGCGAGGAGAUCUUUUGUUGGGGAGGACGGAGAUGAAACUCGUUACGGCCGAGGAAAUUGAGAGAGGGAUAAGGGUUCUGAUGGAGCAGGGUAGUGACGUGAGGAAGAGAGUGAAGGAGAUCAGCGAGAAAUGCACUGUCGCCUUGAUGGACGGUGGAUCGUCACGCAUUGCUUUACGAAAGUUUCUUCAAGACGUAGCGGAUAAUAUCGCUUAGCUGGAAAAACAUGACAUGUAUUUUCAAGUUAGUGUAUUCUAAAAGAACAUGGAAGACUUUGAGGUUUUGUGUUCUAAAAGGUUGUUCUCAAGACGUUAGUUUGUGACUUUGGGUUGCAAUAUAAAGGUAGUCCUGUAACACCAAAGUAAUUUUCUAUGCUUCAUAAGUUAUAUUUAUAUACACUAGGGGGUUUUUCGGUCUACGCCCGAAUUUUUUCCUAUAAUAUUAGUUUAAUU